UUUCAAGUGUCCAAAGACUGGCACUGGCCUUCAUAGACAUUUACUGUGCUGGAAACAUGCUCUUCCGUUCCUGGAUUGCUGAAAUCUAUUGCUCACCUGAGAGUGAAUUCUCUAUUAUUGUGGACUUCAACUUGGAUGCUAGCUGCACCCUUUUUGGAAAUGGAGAAGUAGCAGAAAUUCUACCUGCCAUAUGCCGGAAGAUGGAGAAUUUUCUGGAGAGAUGGAACCACUUCAUGUAUGAGAAGAGAUCCCAGUAUUUUUACUUGAAUUACUACACAGCUGAGCAGCUUGUGUACUUGUGCAAGGAACUUGGCUCCAAGCACCCAAAUGAGGCUGCCCUAAUGCUGCUGUCAUUCAUAAAGCACAAUUGCAGUGAACAGGAAAUCCAAGAGAUCUUCAGAGUGGUGAAAUCUGAAAAGCCAAAGAGGCAUUCCACCAAUCUGUCGGGGCUGGUGACAAGUGAGUCAGAGUUGACAGCACAGCUGGAACGUAUUUGGGGAGCCUACAUGAAAUGCAUGGAUUCCUUCUUUCCAGAUUGCUUGGAUGUUGAAUGCCUUGGGGUCUACCUUGACAAACUGGCAGACCUGGAGAAGAGGAGUGUUGUGCGGAUAUUACCACAAGGUCUUCAUGUUGGCAGGCCCAACCUCAUUCUCUGUUCUCGUCCUGAGGUGCUGACUUCAGCCCUGGCCAUCUACAUGAACAGCCCAGGGGAGAUGCUCCCCUCUUAUGAUGAGGUCUUGUUAUGUACGACGCACACCAGCUAUGAGGAAGUGGCUCUGUUCCUGAGGCGAUGCCUCACCCCAGGCUGCAAAGAGAGGAAAAUUUACACUUUGCUGUUUGCUGAUGAGUUGCGCUAUGAUGUUGGCUGUAGGUCCGAGGAACUGUUCCAGAGCCUUCACUUGAAGCAUCAGGAUGACUAUCACUUGGUGAUCUUCUGCAAUUGCGAGAGAGAGCAUUGCUAUAUCCCUUCUGUCUUUAGUCAGUACAAAGUUCACAUGACCCCUCAUCAACCUCUGAAGGACAUCCAGUGUUACCUUGAGAAUCAUUACAAAGUCACAGAGCCUGCAAAUGCAUUAGCUUCUAUUUUCAAAGACCAAUUGUGUGUUGGGAUUGUAUCUUCCAAAAGAGCUGGAGUAGGAAAAUCUCUAUAUGUAAAGAGGUUGCAUGAAAAAAUGAAAGCAAGACUCCCGAACAGAAAAGUGCCUUUAAAAACUAUUAGACUUAUAGAUCCGCAUGUUGAUGAAAGCAAAUUGCUAAAGUCUCUCCUCCCAUUCCUGGACCACCAGCACCAGAAACAGCCUAUGAUAUUUCAUUUUGAUAUCACUUCCUCAGUUCAGACUGGAAUUCCAGAAUUCUUGUUCAAACUAUUAGUUUUAAGAUAUUUGGCAGAUAGAGAUGGAAAACUCUGGCUCAGAAAACAGUGCCAUUUGUAUAUUGUAGAAAUUCUUGAAGUUUCUCCAUCAGCAUCAAAAAAGCAAACAAGAUCUAUUUUCCCUGGAUUGAAAUACAACUUCCUUGAUGUAUUCCCAAAAAUAAUCUGCAGACCUCCCAAAGAAAUACUAGAAAUGGAAACCCAGAGGAAAUCGCACAGCUCCUCAGAUCCAGGAACAGAUUAUGAAGUGUUUUGUAGUGAAGCUUUUCAGAGACCAUUUCAAUAUUUAAGAAGAGUCAAUACAGGGGAGAAUCUUGACAGAUUCCAAUAUGAAGGUUUAGUUGAAGGGACCCCUGCAGAAUGCUUACAGCUGUUUCUGAUACACUGUGGAGUGAUAGACCCUUCUUGGUCAGAACUAAGGAACUUUGCAUGGUUUUUGAACCUUCAGCUCAGAAAUUGUGAAACCUCAUUGUUUUGCAAUGCUGAUUUUGUCCAGGACACAUUGCAGGGUUUCAAAAAUUUUGUGGUUCAUUUUAUGAUUUUAAUGGCAAAGGAUUUUGCAACGCCUUCACUCAGCAUUUCUGAUGAGAGUCCUGGGCAGUCAUUUGUUGAUAUGAAAGGAGUCACAGAAGAAGAUCUUGCUCCAUUUCAGAUUAGGAAAAAAUGGGAAUGCGAACCUCACCCAUAUAUAUUUUUCAAUGAUGAUUGUAUAUCCAUGACAUUCAUUGGUUUUCAUCUCCAGCCCAAUGCCAAUGGUGGCAUUGAUGCCAUCAAUCCUUUGAAUGGAAAUGUUAUCAAGAGAAAUGUGAUGACUACUCAGUUGUACCAGGGACUGGUCCUGCAGAAAGUUCCAUUUAACAUUGAUUUUGAUGCAUUGCCCAGACAUGAGAAAAUCGAGAAACUUUGCAUGGUUCUGGGUAUCCAAUGGCCCAUUGAUCCUGAUGAUACAUAUGAACUCACAACAGACAAUAUACUAAAGAUCCUUGCAAUGGAGAUGCGAUUCCGGUGUGGAAUCCCUGUUGUCCUCAUGGGAGAAACUGGCUGUGGAAAAACCAGGCUAAUAAAAUUCCUGUGUGAAUUACGCAAAAGCAGUGCCAAUGCUGAUAACAUGAAGCUUGUCAAAGUCCACGGAGGCACCACAGCAGAAUCAAUCUAUGCAAAUGUCAGGGAAGCAGAAAUUCUUGCUAAUGACAAUAAGCAACAAUAUCAGUUUAACACAAUCUUAUUUUUUGAUGAAGCCAAUACUACUGAAGCUAUCUGCAGCAUUAAAGAAGUCCUGUGUGAUCACACAAUACAAGGAGAACCUUUGCUCCACAACUCAGGCUUGCAGGUUGUAGCUGCAUGCAAUCCUUAUCGUAGGCAUACCAACAAAAUGAUUCAGCGCUUGGAAUCAGCAGGUUUAGGGUACCGUGUCAAGGCAGGGGAGACAAAAGAGAAGCUUGGCUCCAUUCCUCUUAGGCAACUUGUAUACCGUGUCCAUGCACUUCCUCCUAGCAUGUUGCCCCUAGUGUGGGAUUUUGGGCAAUUAAACAACUUCACUGAAAAAUUAUACAUACAGCAGAUUGUACAGAGACUUACCAAGUCAAUAAAAAUGUCUAGCACUGAAGUCCAGAUAAUAGCAGAUGUGCUUUUUGAGUCUCAGGCUUAUAUGAGAAAAAGGACUGAUGAAUGCAGUUUCAUCAGCCUUCGAGAUGUGGAACGCUGUGUGGAAGUAUUUAAGUGGUUCCAUGGCCACAGUGAGCUAUUGAUGAGGCAUCUGGAGAAGUACUUGGCAAAGAAGAACACUACCAAAGGUUUUGUCCCAAGAGACAAAGUCAUUUGGUCCUUGGUUCUUUCAGUUGGUGUUUGUUACCAUGCUUCUUUAGAAAGGAAAGAAGAGUACCGAACAAUCAUCAGCAAAUUCAUCCCAGAGCCAUAUGCUACCGAGAAGGGAAUUUUUGAAGAAAUUGGCUUAGUUCAAGAUCUUUUUUUAAGUGGUGCACCCCUGAGGGAUACAAUAGCCAGAAACCUGGCCUUGAAAGAAAAUGUCUUCAUGAUGGUUAUCUGCAUUGAACUUAAAAUCCCAUUGUUCCUCAUUGGAAAGCCUGGGAGCUCAAAAUCUCUUGCUAAGACCAUUGUAGCUGAUGCCAUGCAAGGCCAAGCAGCAUAUUCUGAGCUUUAUAAGGAGCUGAAACAAAUUCAUUUAGUGUCUUUUCAGUGCAGCCCACACUCUACACCAGAGGGAAUCAUAAACACUUUCAAGCACUGUGCUCGCUUUCAAGAAGGCAAGAACCUGAAAGAGUAUGUUUCUGUGGUAGUGUUAGAUGAAAUUGGCUUGGCUGAAGACUCACCCAAAAUGCCUCUGAAAACACUGCAUCCACUCUUGGAAGAUGGAUGUGUUGAUGAUGAGCCACUACCACAUAAGAAAGUAGGCUUCAUUGGAAUAUCUAACUGGGCUCUGGAUCCAGCUAAAAUGAAUCGGGGCAUCUUUGUUUCCCGUGGUGACCCUAACAGAAAGGAACUCAUAGAAAGUGCAAAGGGCAUUUGCUCUUCAGAACGUGUUGUCCUACAGAAAAUUGAAUGUUUCUUCUCCAUCUUUGCAAAAGCAUAUGAAGAUGUUUGCAAGGAGCAAAGUAAGGAGUUCUUUGGAUUGCGUGACUAUUACAGCCUGAUAAAGAUGGUAUUUACUUUAACAAAAACAUCUAACAGAUCACUAACUCCUCGUGAGAUAGCAGAAGUGGUUCUCCGUAAUUUCAGUGGCAAAGAAGAUGUUGAUGCCUUGAAAAUUUUUAUGUCUAAGAUCCCAGAAAAAGGAGACCUCAUCUCUGAAGACAUCAACACAAUUGAUCUAGUCAAGCAGAACAUUUACAGUGACUAUCAGGAUGGUGAAUGCCGGUACCUGCUCUUGUUGACAGAAAAUUAUGUAGCACUUCAGAUUCUCCAACAAGCUUUUUUUAAAGAUACUCAGCAACCAGAGAUUAUUUUUGGUUCCAGCUUUCCCAAAGACCAGGAAUAUACUCAGAUCUGCAGAAACAUUAACCGAGUGAAAAUCUGUAUGGAAACCGGGCAGAUGGUUAUCCUUCUUAAUCUCCAGAAUCUUUAUGAGAGCCUCUAUGACGCAUUGAACCAAUAUUAUGUUCAACUUGCUGGUCAAAAAUAUGUGGACCUGGGUUUAGGGACCCAUCGCGUGAAAUGCCGAGUUCAUCCUAAGUUCCGUUUGAUUGUCAUUGAGGAGAAAGAGGUGGUGUACAAACACUUCCCCAUACCAUUGAUCAAUAGGCUUGAAAAACACUACUUAGAUAUUAACACUGUCUUGGAGAAGUGGCAAAGGCGUAUUGUGGAAGAACUGAAGAAAUGGGUCAAUGAUUUCACAGUGGUUGAAACACAAACGUAUUUCAUUGGUCAGCAGAAAUAUACACCUUCUGAUGUCUUUGUUGGCUACCAUUCUGAUACUUGUGCUUCAGUAGUUCUGCAGGUGACAGAAAAGCUGAAAGUGGAUUUUCCUCCUCAGGAACUCAUGAGAAAAGUACAAGAAGAGGCAAAGUUGGUACUGCUGAACUGUGCAACGCCAGACUCCAUAGUCCGUCUUGGUCAUUCACGGCUGGGCUCCUGUCAGACACAUGAUUUGGCAAGGAUGUACUUUCAACAACAGCAGCAUACUUCCCUUGCAGAUUUUCUCAAUGCUUGUGUUGGUGCAGAAUCCAAAGGUCACACAGUCUUUAUUGAGAUUACUACUUUCUCCAGACUUUUGACAGCAAUAGACACAGAGUCUUUGAAGACAGAAAUACAUGGCAAUAUCAACAACAUCAAAAUUAUGUUCCUGCAACAAUUUGACACAGAGCAUUCAUUUUUGAAAGAAAUCCGGAGUUUUCUUGAUGCCACACAUGGAUGUAAAAUCCUGAUCAUCCAGACAGACUUUGAAAAUGGAUCUCUCAGUGCCCAGCUCGUUGCUUCAGCCAAGUAUUCGGCUGUUAAUGAAAUCAACAAGAUAGAUCUGAGCGAAGCCUCAGUGUUUGUAUUUUUCAUCACUAAACUGUUACGAGUUGAAGGAGGAAGUAACUAUGUGGGCUUUCAUGGAGGAUUGUGGCAGUCUGUGCAUAUUGAUGAUCUAAGGACAUCCCAAGAUAUGAUCUCUGAUGUAACCGCUUUGAGAAAUAUCACCAUCAGCCAGCUGUUUUGUACAGAAAUGGAGAAGUCUGCAGAAAGUCAUAAAUUGAUGGUGAAUGGAGUGGAAAGAAAGGAAGAGAUGGAGGUGUCUACAGCACCAAGGCUAGAAACUAAUGAAACCUUGGACACCACUGUACUUCUAAGGAGCUGUGUGCAGAGUGCUGUGGGAAUGCUAAGAGAUCAAAAUGAGGCUGCCAACCGUAGCACUAAGAGAAUUGAAAUUCUCCUCGGUCUUCUAUCUAAAGCAGAUGAUUUGAAAGCCAUCUUCCUAAAUAUAACAAAUAGUCGCCUCUUCAACCUUUUGAAACAACAAGAGAAUAAUUUUUACGCCAUGAAAGAAUGGGUACUUCGACAGGCAUCAAAUCUGAAUGCCCUUCAGGAAGCAGGAACAUUCAGACAGACCUUGUGGAAACGGGUUCAAAGUGUGGUAACUCCAUUUUUGGCUUACAUGCUGUCAGUCAUAGACAGAGAUUGUAAUUUGGAUCUGCUGAUUAGGCCAACAACAGAAAGUUGUGUGAAAGCAUUGUGGAUGUUCAUCUUUGGGGAUCUGAAACUUCUUAACAUCCCUUAUAUCGUGGGUCAAAACAGCUCACAAAGUGAAACAAUUCUGGUGCCAAAUAACUUUACACGAUCUGUGAAUACUGGCAAUGAAAUGCCCUUCAGCUGGAGAAUAAAAGAUUAUCUGGAAGAUCUUUGGAUUCAGGCUCAAUACAUCACAGACAAUAAAGACCAUGCACAGAAGUUUGUGAGCAUUUUUCAGCAGACACCACUGGGGGAAUGCAUUGCCAGCUUCUCUGAGGAAGAGAGAGAGACUCUUUUCUACUAUUAUGUCAGAGACUUCCUCCUUCUGGCAAUGGGUGUGUCAUCUCAGAGCAAGUUAAUUUUGUUGCAAAUGGCCCUCUUAUCAUGCAUAGAGGAAAUGAAGGAAGCCUCUUCCAGUACUGAAGAGAGAGUGCUGUCUCUCCCAUGGAUCCACCUUGCUUACCAUAAAUUUAAGAGUCGACUGCAAAACCUUUCCAGGAUUCUUGCUGUGUAUCCUGCUGUGUUGAAUGUUCUUAAUAAACAUGUGGAGGAAAGAUCCAGCAUGCCACAUGACCACAUGGUACUAGAUGUGCUUGCUGCAGUGGCUUGUACUGAAAUGUUGGAAGAAGAAAUAUUAAAGUGUAGACCUCAAACUUGGCUCCAGCAGGUGAAGAACCUUCAAAUGCCAGUUGAACUUGUUUGUACAGGAAAUUAUUUGCAAAGCAGGGGAAACCAAUGUGAUCAACUGCUCCAGGAAGUCAAAAACAGAUGGAGUCGGGUUUUCUCCAUGUCUCUCUUCGUGGAACAUGUGGUUCUUGAAGCUGAAACGUUGAUUCCAGAGGUGAAGAAUCAGGUGAAGAGGUACAGCUUGCAGAUUGGAAAAUGUUUUCAGUGGGAUUCUGACAUAAAAACCCGUAACACAUUCAUUGCAGUGAUGAAAGUGAUGUGCCAGUGUAAGGAUGAAACUAGUUCAAUAUUUUGCAAGUAUGGUUUGAAGCCUUGCCCAAUUUGUUUGGGAGAUCCCGGAGAACCAGUAAACCUUCCUUGUGACCAUGUGUAUUGUCUAAGUUGCAUCAAACAAUGGCUAAUGCCAGGACAGAUGUUAUGUCCAGUCUGCCUGGUCAACCUGCCAGAUGACUAUAUUCCCACAGUAUCCAAGAAACUCAGCAUUGCCAUAGAAAAAAAUGCCAGUUUCCGUAAAUUCUGCAACAGUUUUUUCUUAGACCUGGUUUCCACAAUGUGUUUCAAAGACAAUGAACCCCCAGAAAAAGCUGUGAUUCAGGAGCUGCUGAACUUGCUGUUUGUUCACAAGGAGUCUUUGAGAGGUUUUGGGAAUUCCAGUGUACAUACAAAAUCUCUGUCUCCUUUUGAUGAUGUGGUGGAUAAAACUCCUGUAAUCCGUUCUGUGGUGCUAAAGUUGCUUCUGAAGUACAGCUUUGAUCAUGUGAAAGACUAUGUAAAAGAAUACUUAUCACAAGUAGAAGAUAGUUGCAUCCUAGACAAAGAAGAUAAAAUAGAAUUAUACACACUAUUUGUCAACUGCUUUGAGGAUUCUAUGUACGAGAAAUCAGGAGCCUUCUCUGAGGAUAUAGAGAUGAGGCAUCUGAGGGAGGAUGGGCUCUUCUUGGCAAACCAUUUACAAUGGAGCAAGGACAGGCAACCAGCCUCAAAAGAAUCCUCCAUUGAAUACUUGCAGGGAGUGGCCCACAUCCGACUGUGCUUGGAUAAGGCAGCAGAUCUACUCUUUGAGCUGCAUAGGACCCCAGAUGGUAUUAAAGAAACAGAUAAACAACUCUAUCGUGAAAGAGUGAUGCGAUUCUGUUGUCAGACCCAGAAUGACUGGUAUAGAGUUUACCUUGUUCGUAAACUUACAAAUCAAUACGGAUUGGAGUUCACGCAGAAGCUUCUAGACAAACAUCCUUUUCAGUGGAUCUUUCCAUCAGAAAUAGUUCAUCAGCAACAGAAGGGUCAGCGUGGUCAAAUUGAUCGCUUCCUGGUUUGUGGCAAAAACUAUAGAACAGUACGUGAUGCCAUGGGAAAAGCACUGAUUGAAUGCCAGGCAGAUGGUAUUGCAACUGCCCUUAAGGCAUGUAACAGCUCCAAGUCUGAGCAGACUGUCCAUUUUCUCUUGGCUGUCUUCAGAGAGCUCACAUCUCUAUAUGGAUGCAGGGACCCAAGUCUUCAUCCUAAACAGAAGCAAUGUGACCUCCUUAAAGAAUUUAUCCAUACCUCCGAAGUUCUUCCUUCUCCCCAACUGAAGGCAUUUGCAGACUCCCUGGUGACAAACCAUCUGUCAUCACUUACCCUCAGCCCCCAGGAUCCCAGUCAGAAGACGGUUGUAGUUGAAAUGGCUGUUCAUGUGAACGCUGUUCUUCUGUCUCGCCAGAAUAAAAUCCUUGAACCUCUAAGCAAUCUGGCUUUCUUGCCCAAUACUAUGCAGAAUGCUUUUCUGCCAACAAUGCCCGAAGAUUUACUGGUUAAAGCUGCAAAGUGGGCGGCAACAGCAGGUCUUCACUGGUAUAGAUGUCCAAAUGGGCACCCCUGUACUAUUGGAGAGUGUGGCCAGCCUAUGGAACGGAGUCGUUGCGUCGACUGUGGUGCUGUAAUCGGAGGUGACAACCACAAGGCUGUAAAAGACUUUCACAGAGCACAGAUUACAGAGGACAGAACACAAACUGGCCAUGUGCUUGGAGAUCCUACAAAAAGAGAUGCUAAAAUGCCAUUUGACAGGGAGAUGCCUCCAGUCGUCUUAAUUCUAAUUCGUUUCCUCACUCAUUUGGCACUGCUUUUAGGAGCAACAAAAGAUCCCAUGUCUCUACUGGGCAUCAUAAAGCCACCUGUUGAAGAUCCUGUGGGCUUUUUUUUGCAACAUAUUCAUAAGGAUUUGGAACAACUGAUGAACACGCUUGGGAAAAGUGCAGAUGAAACUAAUAAUGUCAUCCAUCUUAUUCUGAAUAGUCUACUCAAGGAGCACGCAGGCCAGUGGCCAGUACAUUUUGAUGGUCAUCUUUCCACAAAGGAGCAGAGGAAUCAAUGGGAAGAAAUUGUUGCACGCACUAUUAUUCUUCCUGAACUAAAGCUUUUGGACAAAACCCUUCUGGAGCUGAAUCAACGAAUCCAUGAGGAUGAGAGAAUCUCUUCCAACCCAGUAGUGAAAAUAAUAUAUGGGGACCCAGUAAUUUUCCUGUCCAAGCUGCCCAAGAAUAGCAUAGUGCAUUGUUCCAGGAUGUGGAGCUGUAGAAAGAGAAUCUCACUUGAGUACUUGGGGCAUGUUGUCCAGCAAAAAAGUGACAAGGAUGCUGUACCCAUCUUGUGGAAGUUUCUACAAAAGGAAGCUGAACUUAGACUGGUGAAGUUUUUGCCAGAUAUUCUGACUUUGCAGAAGGACUUAGUGAACAGGUUCCAGAACAUUCCAGAGGCAGAACAUGGGACAAUAGGAGAGUUUCUUGGCAGCCUUCCUUCAGGAGGCAUGAGGCAUACUCUGGGAAGCAGGGUGAAAACAUUUCUGGAUGUGUGGAAUAAGCUGAGAUCAUCCUUGGAAACCAAUGGUGAAAUUAAACUUCCCAAAGGAUAUUGUGAGGCUGACCUGACUUUGGAGAACGAACUUGAGAUCCUUUUGCCUCGCCGGCGAGGUCUAGGACUGUGUUCCACAGCCUUGGCCAGUUACCUCAUUGCUCUACACAAUGACUUUGUCUAUACCACAGAGAAAUACACAACAGAUGCCAACAGGUACUCAGUGAGCCCUGCAGAAGUGGCAGAUCUCCAUGUGAUCACUUACGAGGUAGAGAGGGACUUGAUGCCACUGAUUCUGUCAAACUGCCACUAUAGCAUGGAGAAAGGAGGAGAGGCCAUCCAGGAGUUUGACCUGGAAAAGAUCCAGCAGCAGGUCAUCAGCCGAUUCCUACAGGGGAAGCCCUUGAUCACGCUGACAGGCCUUCCCACUCUUGUGUACAGGCAUGACCGAAAUUAUGAGCAUCUCUUCAAAGAUAUCAAGAGCAAGCUGACCCAGAGCUACCUUCCAAAAUCUACAAGUAGCAUGCUCAUUGGGGAGUUGCAAGCCUACAGUGACAUCUGUGAAGCCCUGUCUGUCACUGAAAUAACUUUAGGUUUCUUGGCUAUGGCUGGAGGUGACCCAGAGAUGACUUUAACAGGCUAUGUUGAAAACACGUUGCAGAUGAGCAGUCAGACAAGUGCUCAUGUGCUCAAGGCACUGAGUCGGUGUCAGCUGAAGCACUCCAUUGCACUGUGGCAGCUCCUUUCUAGCCAUAAAUCUGAGCAGCUGUUGUGUUUGAAAAGGGAUCCCUUUGUGGAGAUCAGCAUAUCCUACAAAGCUGAACUUGCUGCAGAAAACACCAAACUCCUCAAUGCCUUCCUCAUCCAGUUUGGGUUGGAAUCCUUCCUCCAAGAGUUGCAUGAAAUGAUCAUCCUGAAGCUCAAAUAUGAUCAAGCCAUAGAAGAAUUCAGACCCACAUGGAGCCUCAAGGAUACCUUGAUUCCAUACCUGGAAGGCAAAGAGAGCAUCACCCUCGCGGAUGAACUGGAGACAUUCCCGGAAGAGAUCCUGCUCUGCCACUGCGUUGCUGCCUGGAAAGUGGCUGCUGCUCUUAAAAGAGAUCGAAGGCUUGAUUAGUGGAGCACAACCCUUGGGCAGAGGCUGCCCUCCCACUUUUUCCAAAAUGAUCAGGAAAGGGGUUGCAGGAUUCUUUUUCAAGCUCCAAGCACAAUA